GACGUUUGUAGCCCGCGACGGCUCGGGCGGCGGUUUGUUGUGGUGCCUGAAUGACACAAACCCGCCGCGCAUGUAACUUUUCACUCGUUUUUUUUUAAUGAUUUCCAGCUGAAUUAAAACAUGAUUCACGAGCUGCUGCUGGCGCUGAGCGGAUACCCGGGCACGAUCUUCACCUGGAACAAGCGGACCGGGUUACAGGUGUCCCAGGACCUUCCCUUCCUUCACCCAAGCGAGACCAGCGUCCUCAACCGGCUCUGUAAACUGGGCUCCGAUUACAUUCGCUUCACAGAGUUCACAGAGCAGCACAUCGGCCACGUGCACCAGCAGGAGCAUCACGCAAACCAGCCGAACCAGACCGGACUCCAUGGAAUCUACCUGCGGGCUUUCUGCACAGGUCUGGACUCGACGCUGCAGCCGUACCGACAGACGCUGCUCGACCUGGAACAAGAGUUCCUCGGAGAUCCACAUCUCACAAUAUCCCACGUGAAUUACAAGCUUGAUCAGUUCCAGCUGCUGUUUCCCUCUGUGAUGGUGGUGGUGGAGACUAUAAGAUCACAGAAGAUCCACGGCUGUCAGAUCCUGGAGACAGUGUACAAGCACAGCUGUGGGGGGCUUCCUCCUGUGCGCAUGGCCCUAGAAAAGAUUCUGGCCGUGUGCCACGGUGUGAUGUACAAGCAGCUCGCCGCCUGGAUGUUGCACGGUCUGCUGCUGGACAAGAGCGAGGAGUUCUUCGUGAAGCAGGGGCCGAGCGCCGGAGGAGCCGCCGCCAACCAGGAGGAGGAGGAGGAGGACCUGGGCCUGGGAGGCCUGAGCGGCAAGCAGCUCCGAGAACUGCAGGACCUGAGGCUGAUCGAGGAGGAGAACAUGCUGGCUCCGUCUCUGCAGCAGUUCUCUCUGCGCACCGAGAUGUUGCCGUCGUACAUCCCCAUCCGAGUCGCCGAGAAGAUCCUCUUCGUGGGAGAAUCCGUCCAGAUGUUUGAGAACCACAACCACAGCCCGUCCAUAGCCGGCUCCAUACUGAAGCACCAGGAGGACACGUUCGCCGCCGGGCUGCACAAACUCAAGCAGCAGUCUCUGUUCAGCCUGGUGGACUUCGAAAACCUCAUCGAUCGCAUCAGGAGCACAGUGGCAGAGCACCUCUGGACUCUGAUGGUGGAGGAGUCCGACCUGCUGGAGCAGCUCAAGAUCAUUAAAGAUUUCUACCUGCUGGGCCGCGGGGAGCUCUACCAGGUCUUCAUCGACCUCGCGCAGCACAUGCUGAAGAUGCCUCCGACCGCCGUCACCGAGCACGAUGUGAACGUGGCCUUUCAGCAGGCGGCUCACAAGGUGCUGCUGGACGACGACAACCUGCUGCCGCUGCUGCACCUCACGGUCGACUACCAGGGCAAAGACGGAAAAGACGGUUCAGGCCCCAGAGACGGAGCCACGCCCCCUCAGGACACCUCCCCUCGGGAGGCCCCGCCCACCGGCUGGGCGGCGCUCGGCCUCAUCUACAGGGUCCAGUGGCCGCUGCACAUCCUCUUCACGCCGGCCGUCCUGGAGAAGUACAACGUUGUGUUCAGGUACCUGCUGAGCCUGCGGCGGGUGCAGUCGCAGCUGCAGCACUGCUGGGCUCUGCAGAUGCAGAGGAAGCAUCUGCACUCCAGCCAGACGGACGCCGUCAAGUGGCGACUGCGCAACCACAUGGCAUUCCUGAUCGACAACCUGCAGUACUACCUACAGGUCGACGUCCUGGAGUCUCAGUUCUCGCAGCUGCUGCAGCACAUCAACUCCACCAGAGACUUCGAGAGCAUCCGACUGGCCCACGACCACUUCCUCAGCAACCUGCUCGCCCAGUCCUUCAUCCUCCUGAAGCCGGUGUUCCACUGUCUGAACGAGAUCCUGGAGCUGUGCCACAACUUCUGCUCGCUGGUCAGUCAGACGGUGGCUCCGCUGGACGAGAGGGGAACCGCUCAGCUCGACAUCCUGGUCAAGGGCUUCAGACGUCAGUCGUCCUUGUUGUUCAAGAUCCUGUCGAGUGUGAGGAACCAUCAGAUCAACUCGGACCUCGCUCAGCUGCUGCUGCGGCUGGACUACAACAAGUACUACACCCAGGCUGGAGGGACCCUGGGCAGCGUUUAAGAAGAACGAGAAGGACAGAAGAAAAAUAUUGUGUACAUAUAUAUAUAUAAAACCCAUCAGUGUCGACCUUUGACAAAAUAUUGUUGAUGUGUCAUGUCUGUCAAAAUGAUGCCACGUCAGUUCAUCCAAAAUGAAAGUGUUUCCUCUUUCACUUCUUGUGGCAUCGGGGCCGAAGAUUCUGUUUGUGUGCAAAGAUUAUCAAACAUGUCCCCUCAGAAACUUCUGCCGUCACCUCAGUUCAACAGCAAAAACCCAGAGUUAGAUUUAAAAAAACAAAACAACAGUACAUGAUCAUCUUUUCUUUUUCUCUCAAGCAAAACCUCUUAUUGUAGUUGCAGUAACUCUGAAUCAUCGGAACUCAGAAACGUGAAGUUUUCUGUAAAAAACCUGAAGUUAAUUAAACCUCAAACUGACUCGAGCUGCAUCAGUCUCAGAAGUCAGUUUACACCUAAACUGUUUGUGGAUUAGUUUCUACUGUUUAUUGAGAAAAGAUUACAGCAGGAAUUAUUCAACAUUGUUUUGGGGAAAUGGCUGAGAGUUCGAUAAGAACAUACAGUAGAUUCCACAGUUGGAUAUGAAGUUAAAGCAACUAAAUAAAUCGCCGAACCAUCAGAAGUGCAUCAGCUCAAAUUUAUUUAAUUAUUUCAACUUCAGGACAUUUACUCGGCAAAGACCAUCUGCUGCCGAAGUUUGAAAUGUCAUUUUUCCACUGUCGUUGACGUUAUAAACAAAGUUCUAUUAAAUUCCACUGUUUUGUGACGAGGAUCUGAUGCUGCGUUUCCGUUACACCUCGGACGACGGCGUGGGGAACGUCCUCCGACGGGGGGCGUGCCAGUUGAAACUUCUGUCUGGGAGGUCGCGAGUUCCGAGGACUAAUGGGACGCAGGACCUGAGCUCCGUCACUCGCUUCAGGAGAACACGUGUUCGUUGUCUGGACGAUCUGAUCUUUUUCGUCUUGUAUAUAAACUGUAAAUACUCAAAACCAUUUUUCUGCUCAAGUAAAAAAAAAAUAAAACUCAACUCAACAUUAAAA